UCUAGGAGGAGAAAAGAAAGGGGGAAGAGAGAGAGAAAGAAAGAGAAAGAGAGAGGAGAGAGAGAAAAUGGGUGAGGUAGCAGAUACAAUGACGAAGAAGAAGAAGAAAGGGAGGCCAUCUCUUCUAGACCUUCAAAAGCGAGCUAUCAAACAGCAGCAAUUACAACAGCAGCACAGAAACCACGAUGAACCCGUCGAUGACCAUAGAUCCGGUUCCAAAAACCCUAAUUCUCUCAAUCAAGCUCCCAACUCCGGCAGCCGAUCCAGGCGCCGGAACCCUAAUCCUAACGGCGUUUCCUCCGAUUCCCCCUGGAUCAAGGACGAUGAUGACGGAGAAGAGGAAGACGAUGACGAGCGCCGAGAGAAGAAACACCGGCUCUUACACGGAUUAAACUCCCACUCCCGUCGACAUUCUCCUAAUUCCCAAUCGGGAGGUUCCGAUCUGAACCUCGACGACACUCCCGAGGCCUCCGUCAAUAGACGGAAGAUCGCCGGCGGCGCUCACGGAUCUGGUUAUACGGGAGAAAAGGCUUCGAAAGCGACAGACGUUCUUCAAGGUUCUCCCGUGGAGUCUGGCCCCACUACACCUUUGCCAGACAAAAAGUUGUUGGUGUUCAUCCUCGAUAGACUUCAAAAGAAGGAUACUUAUGGCGUUUACUCAGACCCAGUUGAUCCUGAGGAGCUUCCUGAUUAUCAUGAGAUUAUCACGAAUCCAAUGGAUUUUAGCACUGUGCGGAAGAAAUUAGACUCUGGAGCAUAUGCCAGUUUAGAACAAUUUGAGGGAGAUGUGUUUUUAAUAUGUACAAAUGCAAUGGAAUAUAAUUCAGCAGACACUGUAUAUUAUCGACAGGCACGGGCUAUACAAGAGUUGGCGAAAAAGGAUUUUGAGAAUUUAAGGCAAGACAGUGAUGAUGAAGAACCACAAAACCAACUCCAGCAGCAGCAACAGCAGGACAAGCCAAAAGUUGCCAAAAGAGGCCGUCCGGCAAAGAAACAGCCUGAACCAUCUUCGAUAGACCGUACUGCUUCUGAAAUUUCAGCUGAUGCGCUCAUUCCUGGAGGAGAUAGCUCUAAUAAGUUUUCUGGUGCUUACAAUCUAAGAAAGACUCCUCCUUCAUACAAAUUUCGUCAAGCAGAAACAUCGGUUUGGAACAAUCAUAACAGCGAAACCCAAAGUGGCUGGUCGAUAGAUUGGGAGAAUGAGUUUCCACCUUCGGUUGUGAAGGCGGUUAACAAAUAUGGGAUGAAACAUUUCAAUGUCGAUGAUAACAGACGCGAUACCUACAACCACCUCUCGACUUCUACCCAAGAGCCGUCGGUUUUGACAACGCUUGAAGAAGAGUUAAAACAGCUGAUUCCAGUUGGGGUGAACACUGAGUAUGGUUAUGCGAGGAGCCUAGCACGAUACGCUGCGAAUCUUGGUCCUGUUGCCUGGAAAAUUGCAUCAAGGAGAAUCGAAACCGUGUUGCCCUCUGGAGUCAAAUUUGGUCUGGGUUGGGUUGCAGAGAACCCAGCAGGGCCUGGAGAGGACGAUCCUCAAAAACAAAUCGUAUCAAUGUCGUCGUUGGGAAAACAGAAGUGUUCUAAUGACUUGGCGUCCGAUGAUCAUUCAAACAGGAUCCUGUCUCCAACCGCUUCAGUCUCGAGCGCUUUCAUAGGAAAUAGAAGAAGACAUUCUUCUUCUCAAGGAGUCGAAGAAACAACACCUGCUCGUGUCUUGAAUCCAGAAACCGAGUACCCAUCAGCAUCCUCCUCUCGCCAGUCAGGACCGCUGAUCAAAACUGAGGUUAGCAACGGCCUUACCCGCGGUUUCAGUGGAUUCAGCCAUAGUCCAAGUCCGAUGCUCGGAGUCACGAGACAGCAACAAUCACACUUAACCAGCGAGGCCACACCGAGCUCGCAACAACAGGGGUUGUUGUUUCCUUACAGCAAACAGGAAUUCCACCGGUUUCCACCGGACCUUAACGCUCGGCUUGUCUCGCCAAAUUCUCCCGGCUCGAAUCAGCAGACUGGUUCGUCCUCGUCGCAGCAUCCAGAUCUGUCAUUACAGCUCUGACGAUGAGUGGAAGGAGAAGAAGAAGAGGCAUUUUCCAUUGGCUAUCUCAGCCAUAUAUUUUCUGGUAUGAAAGUCACUUGUGGAAAGUCAUGGCUUAUUUGUUGUGACAUGAAAAUAUAUGGGACAAGUCUCUCUCUAUUGUACAGAUUGUUGCAACAUCCAUAUUUUUUUAGGGGUAAAAAGAGAAGAGGAAAGAAAAGAAAAAAACAUAGUAGUGUCGCAAGCUGUAGAAUAUAGUUUACAUGGUUAAUUUUCCUAGAAUUUUUCAAAUGUAUUUGCGUAAUUUUUAAGUUUUUACCUUGGCCAUAA